AUGAUUUCGUUUUGCAACUUUGUUUCUGAAAACUCCCAACUUGAAAAUAUCAGAGUUCAGACGCACACUGCCACGCAUAAACCUGAAUACCCUGCCAACCUUGCAAUUUGGACCUUACUCACGAGCCACAGCCAAGGAAGUCGAUACCGUUCCGUACAUGAUGAUGAACCUUUUGAUGUCCCAGAGAAACAAAUGCCAUCACCAUCCCUUGGUUUUUCUCUGAAGCCAUUUUCAAAUAAAGAUCUAGCCAAUGCAACUGGCAAUUUCUCCAAAUCCUGCUUCAUUGGUGAAGGUGGUUAUGGUCCUGUUUAUAAAGGAAUCCUUUCAAAUGGCAAAUUGGUUGCCGUUAAGCAGUUGAAAUCUGGAAGUGUACAGGGGGAGGGGGAAUUCCUGGCAGAGGUUAAUAUUAUUAGCUCUAUCCAUCACAAAAACCUUGUUUCACUGGCUGGAUACUGCGUAGAUGGCACAGAUAGAAUGCUUGUUUAUGAAUUUGUCCCAAACAAAACAUUGGAUUUUCAUCUGCAUGGAGAAGGGGAACCGACUAUGAGCUGGCCAAAUAGAAUGAAAAUAGCUCUAGGCACUGCAAAAGUAUUGGCAUAUCUGCUUGAGGACUGUCAGCCUAAGAUCAUACACCGUGACAUCAAGCCAGCUAAUAUUCUUAUUGAUGAUAUCUUUGAUCCAAAGGUUGCAGAUUUUGGGCUUGCUAGGUUUUUACCAGAUGCUGAUGCUUACUACACUAGAGUAAUGGGAACUGCUGGUUAUGCGGAUCCAAUUUAUACUAAUGAUGGACGGCUCACUGAUAAGUUGGAUGUUUACUCCUUUGGUGUUGUGCUUUUGGAGUUGAUUACUGGACGCAAACCUAUCAGUCAAAAUCCACCCUUCAACAUGGUUAAUUGGGCAAAGCCUUUGCUCUCACCAGCUUUGAAAAAGAAGAAAUUUGAUGAUCUCGUCGAUAAAAGGUUGGAAAAGAACUUUGACUCUAAAGAAAUGGCUCGAAUGGUUAGUUGUGCUGCUAAAUGCUUGCGUCUAUCAUAUGAGGAACGGCCAGGAAUGAGCCAGAUACUUCGUGAGUUAGAAGGAGAUCUUUCUCAAGUAGUGACGGUCGACAAAAAAGGAUUGCACAAGUGGCGGCCCAAAAAUAUUUUUAGAAGGGCCCCAAUUAGCCCGAAUACAGAUAUGUAA